UUCAACAUGGCCUUUAACCCCAAUCAUCACAUAGUUCCGUUGAUGCUGAACGAUAGCCUGGCCAGCGAAUGCAGCCCUUCCAGCCAGGAGAGCAGCUCCAGCGACGCCAUCACCUACAGCAUCCAGAGUCAAAGUUCUGCUGUGGACUGCAAUUACCCUGAACAGUUGGAGCCUACAAUCAAUCUUGAAGCCCCCUGGUUCCACCCAAGUAGCCAUCCUGGUUUGCAUCCGCCCGGCCAGUAUUCCCAGCACGAGAUGUCUCACUUCCCAAUCCACCUUUCUGGCAACGCCUUGCCCAGUGUCCGACUCACAACAGCUACAUCCAGUAAGUCCACAACAUUUUUCUCGCUGCCUGGAAGUAACAGACUCGUGACCUACGGAGCAGCCGAGUGUUCUCAAGGUUUCCUACAGAACCACGUAGGAACUCAUCUCCUGCUACAGCCCUCCGCUGGGAGCUCAGGUUACGUCCCUGCUUUUCAAGCUUUCCCAUGGAAUGAAAUUUCCACACAAGGACCAUCCUUCACCCACUCCUUCUCCUCCCCGAUACCAUUUUCUGGCUUGGCAACGAUUGCGGGGCGCUCUGCCCAGCAGGCACCCUUUGUCCCAAACCAGACCUUACCUGCCACCUCCUGCCUCCUCCAGCUGCCAAAGGCCCCUGGGCCUGGUGCCACCUUGUUGUUUACCACCAAGCCGCUGGUGCCAAUGAAUCUGGAGCCCCCGUCUCAGCCACUGCUCAAGAUGCUGGCAGAAGAGGACUCCAAUCCUGGCAAUGGUCCUCAGGAGAUGGAGAGUGUAUCGCUGCCAGAUUUCUCCGAAGGCAGCAACACCGGAGUCAACUUUUCUCCUCGUCGGGAGGGAGACGAAAAAACAGCCUGAUUAUUAUUAAGCUGUUCUUGGCAAGAUCAAGAGAAACAUGAUAUACUUUGAAUGUAAGCCUCUUGG